UAAUGGCUGCUUGAGGGUCCUCGUUGGCCUCAGGGAUCCCUUGCAGCCGCGUAGUUCGCAUAUAGCAAGAAACUGCCCUAUAAAAGCAAGCAGAAGUGCAAUAACCAUGAAAAUAAUGGCAGAAGAUUGUCAGAGAUCUAGCAUUGAUUGUGGUAGUGAGAGAGAUUGUUAUGAAGGUUGAACCUCCCAGUAUGCGAGAUAGUACGAGGAAGGACCUAUAAAAUGACAGAAACCGAAAUAGGUCACAAGAAGAAGAAGAGGAGCUGAACCCUGAACCCCAUCCCUGCGUGCAGAAGCAUCCAAGAAGUGAUAAACACCCCGGUCGGCAGUCAAGUUAGGAUAGGUCAAGUUACUGAGGUGAGUGCUCGUUUGAGCGAGAGGGACGAUGUGCAAGGAAGCAUUACGAAACAUUACGUUACGUUCGGCUUGGUAAAUGCCCCUUAAGGUGUUCGGAAACAAACCAUAUCUAUGUUAUUAAAAGCUGCUGGAAGGAGUGUUGCUACUGGCAGAAAAUUCCAUACUUUACAUUGCAAGGUUCUUUGUCAGUCAAAAAUGGAAAGCACAACAAACCCAAAGGAAAUAAUGAUACCAGUUCCAUAUGGCCACAUAGCAGGAAAAAUAUGGAAUGAAGGAGGCAGUCCACUUCUUAGUUUGCAUGGGUGGAUGGACAAUGCUGGUACAUGGGAUACUGUGGCACCCCUGCUACCCAGAAAUAUAUCCAUUGUGGCCAUAGAUUUUCCAGGUCAUGGGUUGUCUUCAUUCAAGCCUUUGGGAAUAGGAUCUACAUUUGUACACUUACUCCAAGUUAUUGAGCGUGUUGUACAAUAUUUUGGAUGGAAAGAGGUUAGUCUGCUUGGGCACAGUAUGGGAGGUGCAGCAGCAAUGAUGUAUGCUGGUGCAUUUCCAGAAAAAGUGAUAAAAGUAAUAAUGGUGGAUAUAGUAAAGCCAGUAGCAACCCCAGCAGAAAGUCAACCACAGCUGACAGCUGAGAGUAUAAAGGAACUUUUGGAAGUUGAAGCUAAAAUUGGAAAAGGUCUCCAGUCUUAUGAAUAUAGUUUUAUUGUAGAUAAGCUUAUCAAAGGAUAUGCAUCUAGUAUCACCGAGGAAACUGCUAAAAUCUUGCUCAAGCGAGGGUCAAUCAAACAUUCAAAUGGUUUGUAUUCAUUUAAUUAUGAUCCAAGACUCAAGGUUCCCAGUAUAUUUGGUAUGACCUUUGAGCAGCAAAAAGAAUUUGCAAAUAGAUUGAAUUGUGAAUUAAUGAUAAUCAAAGCCUCUGCAGGACCUAUAUAUGAAAAGCAAGAACAUUAUGAUGAAAUGAAGUGUCUUUAUAGUAAAAGUGCCAAAAAAUUUAUUUAUAAAGAAGUGGAAGGGACACACCAUGUCCAUCUUAAUGAUCCACAGGUUGUAGCUCCACUUAUAGUAGAGUUCAUGCAUAGAAAGUUAUAAAAACUUGUUAUUCAAAUGUAUAUUUGUACAUAUGAUUUUCUUUUUUUCAAAAUUAUUAUUAUUAUUUAUUAUUAUUAUUAUUAUUAUUAUUAUUAUUAUUAUUAUUAUUAUUAUUAUUAUUAUUAUUAUUAUCAUUAUUAUUAUCAUCAUCAUCUUCAUCCUGCUUUUAGUAAGAUUAAUGCUUUUAUCCAGCCUUGCUGUGUUCAAGGCAGUAGUUUUUAUCAUGUGGAUUCUUUAAAUAUUACAUUUCAGGCUACAGGGCUGGUGACUUAAAGCUUUGUUGUUCACAUUAAAGUUGUGCUUAUACUCAUGGGUUAUCCAUACUUAUUAUAUAUAAUUGGACAAGAAUAUUCUAGUGAAACUAUCUUUUGUGAUAUUGGAUCAAUAGUACAUAACUGUUCUUGCUUGUAUAUGAUCUAUUGUAUGCAAAGUUUAAUUUUCAUGCUAAAAUGCAGCAUAUAUACUAAUAUAUACAUAUAUAUAUAUAUAUAUAUAUAUAUAUAUAUAUAUAUAUAUAUAUAUAUAUAUAUAUAUAUAUAUAUAUAUAUAUAUAUAUAUAUAUAUCAUUCAUCCCUUUCUCUGGUAAACUGGAACUCCCUGCCUGCUUCUGUAUUUCCACCUUCCUAUGACUUGAAUUCCUUCAAGAGGGAAGUUUCUAGACAAUUUUUGACCACUGCUUUGACCCUUUUAUGGGACUGGCAUUUCAGUGGGCAUUUCUUUUUUUUUUAUUAGAUUUUUGUUGCCCUUGGCCAGUGUCCUUCCUACAUAAAAAAAAAAAGAAAUACACAAAAAGCUUUACAAAAGAGCAAUCUUUUCAUAUACCCCUAAACAAAUAAUAAGUGCAAUACCAGUUUAUAAAAAAAAAAAUUCUGGACAGCAUAAUUCAUUAUUAUGUAUUCAAAAAAAAAAAAAAAAAAACAGGCUAUUUUUGUAGUAUUUCCUGAAGUUCUUGUGGCCUACCAAUUUGCACUAGAGACAUCUUUAAGACCUAUACAGGAAAGACAACAGCAAGUCUACUCAUUGCAAACCAAUAAUCUUAGAGAGGCCUUAGGUCUUGCUUUUCUUAACUUUUAUGUAGUUCACUGUGACUAGCAGUUGCAAGACAUGGUAAAGAGAUAUAACGUAAGUGUCACAUUUCUUGAUUUCAUCAGUGUUGACCACAGCAUCCUACUGCACAAGAUAGGUCUCAUAGUAAAAGGCAAACUGGGAAUAUAGCUUCACUGUUUCCUCAUGGGGAGAUCCCAAACAAUUACAGUAGACAUCACAAGUUUGAUGAAGCCCUGGUAAUCAGUGAAGUACCAUAAAAAUCUCUGCCUUGGGUCUAGUUUUCUUAUUUAUUUUGGGGAUACUGGAAACUAUGUGGGCUCUUUGUUCUCUCAAGUGGCUUCCAGGUACCUAGUGCACAGUCUGGAGUGCUGAUGCACUAGCCUGUCCAGUACUUCACAGCUUUAUACACUAUUAUAAAGUAAGUACAUGUUUGACAAAAAUAACUGGAUGGUGCGUUAUUUGCAGCAAAGAAAUUAAUAAUAAGUAAAUAAUUCAGUUAAAUAAUAAAGAAAGGAAAAAAAUGGAUAAAUAAAUCAAUUUUAAUGUUUUCAGGAACCAGGAAUACCAGACGCCAGAACUUCUUCAAUGCAGAUUAUUCUGUGAAGUGGUGUACAGGGUAUAAGACAUGUUUCCUUACUCCAUCGAGACACACCGUUAAUAACAAAUGCAAUAGUGUAGCAGUGUGCGACUUUUCAGUAAACACAUUAAUUUUUUAUACAUUGUUGAAGGCAUAAGACAGUUGUGUGAGUGAGUGGGCUGUCAUGGUAAGUGUUGUUCUUGUUGUUACAUUAGAGGUUAUUAUUUCAUGAUAUUUUUGUUAGUAGUGGUAGUAGUAGUAGUAGUUCUUGCGGUUGUAGUUAUUUUUUUCUGUAAUUAAAUUUAUAUCUAUUCAGUUAUGUUUAUUUUUAUUUAUUAUGUAUUGAAUUUCUUGCUACAAAUUAAAAUGACAAAACUACAA